AUGUCCGAGAAACUCGAAAACAUCACUAGUAUCACCAGUGCUGGUGACAGGCACGAUGCAGCCGACCAUGAGGUGAAUCUCGAGGCUGUCAGGUCACACCAGUAUGCUUUCGAGACCGUCGCUGAUGACUUGACCCAAGAGCAGAAGUUCUAUGUUGUUAGAAGAUUGAACUAUGACAAUCUUGACAACUUCGAGGACUUGCCUCCUUCCGUGGCGUUCAUAUUGGAAAAAAUUCAGCACUUGAGCGUCGAGGAGUCCGAGGUAAUCUUGAAGCAGUUCUUGAAGGACCAUAAGGGCGAUCUCAAUGUUCCCAUGGAGGACUACGAUUUCGUCAAACUUUUGGUCGACCACUCAAGCCUGGUCUCAGCAGAGGGCUUCCAGCGGAAGGAAAAUUCAUCUACCGAUGAAAAACAUGAUGCGGUUGUGAGAGAAAAGUCCAUUACUUCUUUGGAGUCUGCAGAGCACGGAAAGAUCUUCGAUUGGGGCUUGCAGCUCCGGACUGAGGCGGCCCUUGUUGCCUACUGGUCUCCAUACCCUGAGGUUAGAGCCGUCACUGAUCCAUUCGAUGACCCAGAAACCCCAUGUGAAACCCUCAGAGUUUAUGUCAUUGGUAUAAUUUGGGUGGUUCUUGGUACUGUCAUUAAUCAGUUUUUCGUCGAGAGGAUGCCCAGUAUUUCCUUGGGCUCUUCAGUCGUCCAGCUUCUUGUCUAUCCAUCCGGAAAACUUCUUGAAUACAUUUUGCCAGCCAAGACUUUCAAAAUCUGGAGAUGGAAUAUCAAUCUCAAUCCUGGUCCCUGGAGUCACAAGGAGCAGAUGCUUGCAACACUUUGCUACAGUGUCAGUGGUGGUGCAGUCUAUGCAACGUACUUCAUCAAUCUUCAGAAGUUGGAUCGUUACUAUGCUAACCCAAGCUUUAAGAUCGGCGCUCAAUUUCUUAUAGUCUUUUCCUCCAACUUUUUGGGUUUCGGAUUUGCUGGAAUUUUCAGAAAAUAUGUCGUGUACCCAGUUUCUGCAAUCUUCCCAAAUCUUCUUCCUACACUCGCCAUCAACCGUGCCUUGGUUCAACCUGAGAAGAAAGAAACCAUCAAUGGAUGGAAGAUUUCGAGUUACAGCUUCUUCUUGAUUGUGUUCGGUGCGUCGUUCCUUUACUUCUGGGUCCCGAACUAUCUUUUUGAUGCACUUUCCACAUUUAACUGGAUUUCUUGGGCCGCUCCUGAUAACUUUAACGUUGCGGCAAUUACUGGAUCGCAAACCGGCUUGGGUUUGAAUCCAAUCACUACUUUCGACUGGAAUAUUAUCAGCUACAACAGUCCGUUGGUUAUACCUUUUUUUGCACAGAUUAACAGUUACCUUGGUAUGCUUCUCGGUUUCUUUUUGAUUAUUGGUCUUUGGUGGUCCAACUAUAAGUGGACAGGCUAUUUACCCAUCAACUCCAACCUGAUUUUCACCAACACCGGUGAUUAUUAUGCUGUUACUGAAGUCUUGAACAGCGAAAAGAAACUUGACCUUGCCAAGUAUGAGGAGAUUGGACCACCAUUCUAUACUGCGGCAAACAUGAUUGCGUAUGGCUCAUUCUUUGCACUCUACCCAUUGAACUUUUUCUACGUUCUUUUAACUGAUUGGAAAAGUAUUCUGUUUGCCACUGUGUCUUUGAUCAAGUCUUUCAGGUUCAAGAAAAGAAGCUCAACAUACGAAGGUUUCGAUGACCCAUUUUCUACUUCGAUGAAAGCCUAUCCAGAGGUUCCAGAAUGGUGGUUCUUCAUUAUCUUAAUCAUCUCGAUUGUGUUUGCCAUCAUUACUGUUGAAGUUUACAACUUGCAAACCCCAGUUUGGACUAUUUUCUUUGCAAUUGCUUUGAACUUUGUUUUCUUAUUGCCUUUCGUGAUUGUGUACGCUUCCACCGGUACUUCCAUGUCGAUCAACGUUUUGCUUGAAAUGAUCAUUGGUUACGCACUUCCAGGUAAUGGUACCGCUUUGAACUAUGUCAAGACCUUGGGAACCAAUAUCGACUCUCAGGCCGAAAAUUAUAUCACCAACCAGAAGCAGGCUCACUACUGGAGAAUUGCUCCUCGUGCUCUUUUUAGGGUUCAGAUGGUCUCCGUGGUUGUUUACAGUUUAGUGGCUGUCGGAAUGAUCAAUGUAACCUUUGAUACCAUUGAGGACUACUGCUCCCCGCGUCAGUCACAGAAAUUUACGUGUCCGGGGUCGAAUACGUUCUACUCUGCUUCUGUCCUUUGGGGUGUUAUCGGACCAAAGCGGGUCUUUGGUGGCCUUUACCCAAUCUUCCAGUGGACUUUCUUGAUUGGGUUCUUACUAGCAUUCCCAUGCUGGGCCCUCAAAAGAUACUAUGGUCAUACCAGGUUUGGUAAGUAUUUCCAUCCAAUUGUCUUCACUUCCGGCUUGAUUGGUUACGCUCCAUACAACCUCAGUUACUAUACACCCGGUAUGUAUGUGUCAGCUGUGUUCAUGCUCUACCUCAAGAAAACAAAGCUUGCUUGGUGGAAGAAGUACAACUUUAUUCUUUCUGGUGGUUUGGAUGGAGGUAUCGCUUUCAGCAGUAUUAUCAUAUUCUUUGCUGUUCAGUACCACUCCAAAAACAUUUCGUGGUGGGGAAAUAACGUCAAUGACAACGUUUUGGAUGCAGACGCACCAGCAAGACUUAAUGCUACCGUUGAUGCUCCAGACGGAUACUUUGGCCCUAGAUACGGUCACUUCCCAUAG